AGCCAUGCAAAGGGAGAAGUAUCAGGUAAACAAACACAAGGCACACGGCUGCGAAACAGGGGAGUUAUUUGCAAGCAAGGAAUAGGGAACACCCGAAGCCAUGUGUAUAGCUGCAUGGAUUUGGCAGGCUCACCCUCAGCACCAGCUCCUGCUGCUGCUCAACAGAGAUGAGUUCCAUAGCAGACCUACGAAGGCAGUAGGAUGGUGGGGGGAGGGCUCAAUGAAGAUUCUUGGGGGCAGGGAUGUGCUUGGUGGAGGAACAUGGAUGGGUAGUACCAAGGAUGGAAGACUUGCCUUCCUGACCAAUGUGCUUGAACCUGAUGCAAUGCCCAACGCACGCACUAGGGGAGACCUGCCCCUCAGGUUCCUGCAGGGCAACAAGGGCCCACUUGAAGUUGCAACUGAAGUGGCAAAAGAAGCUGAUGAGUACAAUGGCUUCAACCUUAUACUAGCUGAUCUAACCAGGAAUGUCAUGGUCUAUGUUUCAAACCGGCCAAAGGGGCAGCCUGCAACGAUUCAACUCGUCUCACCAGGGCUCCAUGUGUUGUCCAAUGCAAGGCUAGACAGCCCUUGGCAGAAGGCGAUUCGCCUCGGUAAAAACUUCAGGGAGUUUAUUAGGAAGAAUGGUGAUGAUGAAGUUGAAGCGAAGGAUAUAGCUGAGAGGCUCAUGACUGACACCACAAAGGCUGAUAAAGAUAGACUGCCAAACACCGGGUGCGAUACAAACUGGGAGCACGGUCUGAGCUCCAUCUUCAUCGAGGUUCAAACUGACCAAGGGCUCUAUGGGACACGGAGCACAGCCGUUCUUUCAGUGAAUUAUGAUGGCAAAGCUAGCUUAUACGAGAAGUACCUCGAGAGUGGUAUAUGGAAGGAUCACACGGUGCAUUACCAGAUAGAGUAGGCAAUGCACAUGAACAGAUUGGAGCCUGAAAUAGGGAGAAAGAAUGAAUAGCUACCAUCGUGCAUGCUGUUAUUUCCACACUUGCCUUUAAGAUCAUUUAAUGAUCCUCUGAUCAUGCCGAUUAAAUUAUUUACUGUAUGCAGAUUUAUCAGUUCAGAAACAAAUCCAUUCAAAUUGUUGAAUAUAUACAUACUAUGAUAUUUGUACUUACAGAUUUUAUGUUGCGACGAUUGUCUACGAUCA